CCCUGGUUGUAACUAACAUCUGCAGGACCUUGGCCCUCUUGAAGCAGGAUUGGACGCUACUGUCUUAUUCAGUCUCCUGUGCUUCCUUCAGGUCUCCCGCAGGUGUGCACGCUCUUGCUCUUCUACUAAUGGAGUUACAGCCCGGUGCCGAUGGACCCCAGAUUCUCACAGCAGAUGCUCUAUACCAGUUGGGUCGUGUUGAGGAGGCUUACCGUCUUCUUCUCAACAUUGAGCACACAGCCCCACGACCACCGAUUCUCGCACGCCUUGCAAUACUGCAGCUGCAUCGUGGCUUCCUCUAUGAUGCCUAUCAGCUACUGAAGAAGCUGAUUAAUUCAGGAGACACCAGCUGUCUACGUCCCCUUCUCUCUGUAACGUCUUUACAAGACCGAGCACUUCUAGAAAAACAUUGUCUCUCUGCUUCCAAACGUAUACUGUGUGGCCAACAAGCAGAAAGUGCAAUAAGGGAAGCUGUGGCCUAUUUGUCCAUUGCCAUCAUGGCUUCAGGUGGUGGAGCAAUAGAUUCCCUGCUGGAGAGAGCAAGAUGUUAUGCUCUAUUGGGCCAAUGGAAGACGGCUAUCUAUGACUUCACUGCGAUCCUUAAAGAGCACCCAGACCACGUGCAGGCUUUGUGUGGAAGAGGAUUUACUUAUCUUAUGCUGAACCAGCAGAAGGAAUGCACACUAGACAUACUAGUUGCCCUUCAGUGUGGUGCUGAGGAGGUCACUCAGAGCAUGCUGUCGCUUAAAGACAAAGCGAAGAGACUUGUCAGUGAAUGGUUGGGUCAGCACUGUCGCAGCAGCCUGUCAGACACUCUGUUGGCCAACCCUGUACCCUGCCGGGAGGAGCACCUGCGAGAGGCCUUUUUAAUUGGUGGAGCACUAAUGAACACUGACUGCAGGGAACCCAGGUGGCACCUCCUGUACAUAGAUACACUACUUGCCAAAGGGGAGGUGAAUGCUGCAGGAGCACACCUGAAGCAGGUGUUUGGUCAAGAGCCUCGAGAUGUCGCAGCUAAGGCCAGAUGGGGUGUCGUGAAGGCCUGGCAGCAGAACUACAAAGUGGCUGUCAACUAUCUGAGUGUGGUGGCUGAGAAAGAUCCAGAAACUCUAGACUUUCUAAUCAAUCUCAUGCAGUCAGCUCAAAGAAAACGCUUGGCACAGGCAGCAUCUCAGCAGGCCAGCAUUGUUUCUGAAAGUGGUCAGUGGGAGCACGCUUUAGCCCUCCUUACACUAGCAGUGCGAGCGGUCAAUGAGAUGAAGCUUCAGUACCUCAGGCAGCGUGCAGCCUGCCUGGCCCACCUGGGCCUCCACGACAGGGCCGUGUCUGAUUUGAGUAAGGUCAUCCAGGGCCACAGUGCAGAUGCGAGUGGGGAGCCAAGGGUUUGGGCAGAGGACCUUUGCCGCCGAGGCCGUAGUCUGCUGUUGUGUUCCCAUGAAGAGUCUGGCUUACAGGACAUUUCUCAAGCCCUGGAUCUGCACGAGGGACAGGCUCUGCUGUGUGUGGAGGCUGGUCUGGGAACACAACGCCUUGCUGAAAAGUUCCUGCGCUUUGCCCUGCAGAACUAUGGAGAGCAGAAACUUGACAAAGCUUGGCUUCUGACAGAGACCGGGCUUAAAGUGGACAGUGGCCAUGUAGAACUGCGCAGACUGAGGGCUAGAAUAAAACGAGAAGUCUCUGGUCCAUGUACUGUCCACUAGAGAUGAAACAUACAUAAGAUGUUUAAAUGUGAACCGAUAGCGACAGAAUGGUUUAUGUCUUUGUAUUACCAUAAUUUAUGGUUAAUCAGGCAAACAUAAGAGCAAGAAUUUCUAAUCAUAAGAAUGCAGUAUUGUAACUUACAGUCUCUUACAAUUUACCUUUGUGUAAAAAACAUUUUUAUACAGUUUUUUUUUGUGUGUUGGAAUUUUUAGUUUUGUCAAAAUUGAACAUUUGGUGUAGCCAUGUCUGACAUGUACGCUACUGUUUUGUUUGGGGUCAGUAUGAUUUUUAAUAAAUUGAUUAUUUUAUUUAGCAUGGAGUGACAGUUACCCAAAGUGACAGUAAAGAAUUUAUAAUGUUCCAACACAUUUUUAUUUCAAAUAAAUGCUGCUCCUUUAAACUUUCUAUUCAUCAAAGAAUGCUGAAAAAAGUAUCAUGGUUUCCACAAAAAUAUUAAGCAGCACAAUAGUUUUCAUCAUUGAUAAUAAGAAGUGUUUCUUGAGCAGCAAAUCAGCACAUUAGAAUGAUUUCUGAAGGAUCAUGUGACACUGAAGUCUGGAGUAAUGUUUGAUGAAAAUUCAGCUUUUCCAUCACAGGAAUAAAUUACAUUUUAGAAAAGUUAUUUUAAAUGACUGUUUUACUGUAUUUUUCAUGUCUUGGUGUGAAUAAGACACUUCUUUCAAAAACAUAUAAAAACGAUUCCAAACUUUUGAAUUUUAGUGUUCGUUCAGCUAUUUGUGUUUUGUUUGUAAAUGUUUCUCUUCGAACAGUUAUGCUGCUUUACAACUAUAAAGUAGUUGUCAUAAUGUAUAGCAUAUUGUAUUGUAGUCAUGUUUGUUGUAACAAAAUUACGGUCAAACUUGUGAAUAGCACAAGUAUAUCGAAAUUAUAUCUGUUUUCUAGUUGGGCUUAGUAGGUCAGUAUCUUCAGCAGU